AUGGCCCGUGAUCUGGAAGUAUCUAGUCUGCAGCUCAAGAUGGAAGAUACAAUGUCUUCCACUACGACAGAAGAUGGAAGAUGCGAUACACCCACAUUUAGUAGCGUUUGCGGUGAAUCAAUAGACAAUUUUCCGUCGAGGCAUUCGGUCGCGACCCCUUCCAGGAACUGUCCUUGGAAAGGCAGAUCAUACAUCAUCCGCGACCCUGCUACAAACCUUGUCAUUGGACUUCAAAAAGGAAUCCUACGCCUGAUGCCUGAACGCAGUGGACAUGGGUGUGGUAUUUACUGGUCGUGCGUCGAAUCCGACCACAUGUUCCUGGGUUUUCAAAACCUGGUUUCUGGCACCUUUAUCGGACAUAAUAACAAGAAUAAAUUCAUCGCGGAGGCCAAGGUUCUCAAUGACUUUGAGUCGUUUUGUGUGCGAGCACAUCCAGAUGGCGGCUAUCUUCUCCUCGUGAAACAGGGUAGAGGGUUCUUGCCGAUGCGGGUAGACGGGGGAACACGGCUUGUGGUCAGCACUAACAGAGAUGAGGGCAUAGUAUGGGAGUUCAUUCGUGUCGAAGAUGGAGAUGUUAUUUAA